AUGGUGAACAUCACAGAGAAGAUCAAAGAAAUUGAGGAUGAGAUGAGGAGGACGCAGAAGAAUAAGGCUACGGAAUAUCAUCUUGGUCUACUGAAAGGAAAACUUGCUCGUCUUCGCGCACAACUCCUUGAGCCGGCUGCAGGUGCAGGUGGUGGCGGAGGAAGCGGAUUCGACGUAUCUAAGUCUGGAGAUGCACGUAUAGCACUUGUUGGCUUUCCUUCUGUAGGAAAGUCUACUUUUCUCUCCAGAGUCACAAAAACAAAGUCAGAAGCCGCAUCGUACGCCUUCACUACUCUUACAGCGAUUCCUGGUGUGCUGGAAUAUGGCGGUGCCGAGAUUCAAGUUCUGGAUCUACCGGGUAUCAUCGAGGGUGCUGCAGAGGGUAAGGGACGAGGAAGGCAGGUCAUUAGUGCAGCGAAAACCAGUGAUCUCAUUUGCAUGAUUCUUGAUGCAACGAAGAAAGCAGAGCAGAGGCGAUUGUUAGAAGCAGAACUGGAAGCUGUGGGUAUCCGGCUGAACCGUGAACCACCAAACAUCUAUCUCAAACCUAAAAAGGCUGGUGGCAUGAAGAUCAACUUCCAGGUUCCUCCCAAGCAUCUCGAUGAGAAGAUGGUCUACAACAUUCUCAAAGACUACAAGAUGCUCAACUGCGAAGUACUUGUCCGAGACGAAAACGCGACGGUUGACGACUUCAUCGAUGUCAUCAUGAAGGACCACAGGAAAUACAUCAAGUGUCUAUAUGUAUACAACAAGAUCGACAGCAUCGGUCUACCUCAUCUGGACGAACUGGCAAGGGAGCCACACACGGUCGUCAUGAGCUGUGAGCUCGACCUUGGUAUUCAGGACGUUGUGGACAGGUGUUGGGAAGAAUUGAGGUUGAUCAGGGUGUACACCAAGAGGAAGGGCAAUGACCCGGAUUUCUCCGAGGCGCUGAUUGUACGGCACGGAAGCACGAUUGAAGAUGUUUGCGACCAGGUGCAUCGAACGCUGAAGGAGACGUUCAAGCAUGCCUUGGUCUGGGGUGCGAGUGCUAGGCAUGUGCCGCAGAAGGUCGGUCUUGGACAUGUAGUGGCCGACGAGGAUGUUGUCAGCAUUGUGGCGAAGUAA